UGCUGUCAAAUGUGUUUAACGAUUUCAUUUCAAAUUUGAAAUAAAUAAAUACAAUUUCGUGAAUAAUACGCAAGUAUUUCAGCUAUUAUGUCCGCAGUAGAGGAAAAUUAUAUAGUUGCACCUUGGGUUGGCCCCACUUGCUGCAAAAAUGUGCUAUCUGUAGUUGUACUGUCCUCAAACGCCGAAAUUAUUGAGUGUAUUUCUGCAGCUCUUAGUGAAAUCCAUGCUAAAGGCAAUUUUCGAUGGAAACUUGUUACUUUACGAUCUUUCCACUUGGAAGAAGUCGUGAGGCAAUCCGACUUGACGGGGAGAAUCGCCAUUGACUUUGUUGUUAUCGGCAUGGAUACUAGCAGGAUUGUUUGCCUGGACUGGACAAAAAAAGUGAUUGGACAAGUGCACCCAGAUUUGAGGAACCGAAGAGUGGUGCUGGUGAACGCAAGCGGCCUCCCAGUUAACGAACUGGCAAUAAACGCUGAUGAACUAAUAAGCUUACAGACUGAAUUAAAAGUGGAUAUGUUAACUGCCAACGUUUUCAAGACAGAUGAUGCGUUGCAUUUAGCACGAAGGUUACUGAGGUACAUGGAAGUGUCAGUUGGUGUAAAAACUGGAGUUCCUAAUCUAAAUGUUUGACCAAACUCCAAUACUAUGAACAGCUUUGUGUCUAUCUAGGAAGUGUUAACAUUGUAUUAAUUGCAUCAAAUUUAAAUUGCAUACGACUUGUGACAGUCACCUCUGGAAUGCAAUCAUUCACACUUAUAUGACCGUCAUCAGUGCAUGUCAAGUGGACUUUGAUGUUAAUGGAUUUGUCAAUCCUGCUGACAAUUUGUGAGAAUCCAUAGUUUGCAUUCUUUGUCAUUGUAAACUUCUUACUCCAUAGAAUUUAAGGUACCUAUCAAGUAAUUUAGGAUACCCCUUUACAUACUAAUUUGAUCACUAUUCAAACUGAUAAAAUAAAACCAACAAAGUACACAUUUCCGAAUCAAUUUUUAUUGUAAUUAGAUUGUACUACAAAAUAAUAGGAAGUUUUCUACAGUUAUGUCACCAUAUAUUACAUAAAUAAUGAAACAAUUACAGCAGUCCUCACUCAUGUAGCAAUUUCACAAUAUCCAAGUAGCAACUAAUGCUAAGAUUACAACAUAAACAUAAAUAAAUUCCUAAUUUGAAUUUAAGUGUGCCAGAGUUGAAAAGAUUUCUACCCUCUUCCACUUUGACACACUGAAACAUUUUGAAUAUUGAAUAAAAAAUAUACUUAUGUACUAA